CGAACUGUUGUGGUGCGGAGCGUUGGGCGGGCGGCGGCCGGGCGGCCCAGGGGCUGCCGCGGGACUCCGGGCGCAGCCGAGCGGCUGCAGGGGUGGGGCGGGCCGGACGCGCUGCGGAGUCCGGGAGCCGCGGGUUCGAGGCCGGGCCCCGCGCGGGGAGGCCGCACCACCCCGGGGGAGCUGCCCGGCGGCGAGUUUGCCCCGCAGCUGAAAGAAGGCGGGUGCCGGCGGGGGCCCUCAAAACCCCCUGGCAACCCUAGCUGGGAGUCCCCGGGGAGCUGCUGUUUCCUGGGACGCCUUCCCGGGCGCCCCCGCCGAAGGGUAACGGUUCUGGGCCCCCAGCAGAAAGCGCCUCCGGGUGACCCCCAGCGGGGCCCUGCGAGCCGCGGGAGUCCACCCCGGGGCCUCCAGCCGGCAGGAAGGAGCUUUGCAGAGACGCGGGGCCGACGGCCGAAGGAGCUGGAUCGCGGCGGAGCGGAGCCGGGCCUCCCGGGUGCGGGGCAGGGCAGCGCCUGGACUGGAGACGGACUCUGGGACCCUUGGCUGCGGGGGCCUCAGCGACCUGUCCCGCGGGGAGCGCGACCGCGGAGUGGCCUGGCAGGGGCCCUCCCCCGGAGAGGCCGGCCCGGGGCGGGGAGAUGAACGGCUUUAGCACAGAGGAGGACAGCCGCGAAGGGCCCCCCGCCGCCCCCGCCGCCGCCCCGGGCUACGGCCAGAGCUGCUGCCUCAUCGAGGACGGCGAGCGCUGCGUCCGGCCCGCGGGCAACGCCUCCUUCAGCAAGAGGGUCCAGAAGAGCAUCUCGCAGAAGAAACUCAAGCUGGACAUCGACAAGAGCGUAAGGCACCUCUAUAUCUGUGACUUCCACAAAAAUUUCAUCCAGAGUGUACGAAACAAAAGGAAGAGGAAGACAAGCGACGAUGGUGGAGAUUCUCCUGAGCAUGACACUGACAUUCCUGAGGUUGAUCUGUUCCAGCUGCAGGUGAACACUCUACGACGUUAUAAACGACACUACAAAUUGCAGACCAGACCAGGCUUCAAUAAGGCCCAGUUAGCAGAAACUGUAAGCCGACACUUCAGGAACAUACCUGUGAAUGAAAAAGAGACCCUCGCCUACUUCAUCUACAUGGUGAAGAGUAACAAGAGUAGACUGGACCAGAAAUCUGACGGCAGCAAGCAGCUUGAGUGAGGAUGAAGCACAUCCCCAAGGGGUGAAGUACAGUGCUUAAUGCACAGGUGAUAUCUGCUACAUUUAAGCCCGUAAAGACUGCUAAAUUUUAUUGUAAAUAAAAAAGUUUGAAUAAUGAAUACUGUAAAUCUCUUUGGUCAGGAGGAUUAUAUUCUCAUGAUUCAGCAUGUGUAUACAAAGGCUUUCUUUUAAGGCAACUACUGGACUAAAACAAGAUCAUAAGAAUUAAAAAGUAUGUUUUACAGCAUUCAACAAAGCGUUAAGUCAGUUCUACUGGAAAUGUGGGAUAAAAAAUGUUUUGGUGGCCACCUUGCCAUAGCAUGCUGCCCCAUGUGAGCCAUCGCCCUGGGACAGCAGCAAGGCACAGCUGCCAGUGGGUGUGUGGGAGCGCGCCCAAGGCUUAGGAGUGUAGAUGCUCUGCUUUGUUGCAAGCUUUGUCGUUUAUCACUUUGACACCAGUCCCCCUCACUGGCCCUGUGCCUUGCACACAGUAUUUGUUGACUAACUGAGCUUGUCACUAACAGUGCCAGCCUUGUAACAUCUGCUUCACACCUCUAGUUAAUGAGACCUCUGCCAUUUCUGUUGCUCACCACUUAACUUCUGGAGUGUGAAGGAAAUCCUGAUGCACCAACAGGAGGUUUCAAAUCAAACAAGGACUUCAGGGCAGUCACACGUGCCAAGCAAUAGUUGUGGAGGUUCCAGAAACACUGAUGCGGAGACUCUCAGGAGCUGCAGCCCUUUGUACAGCCUCUGUGCUCCACCCUUUGGGGUGAAGUUCUGUGUGAUGACUUUGUCUAUUUUCCUGGGCCAUAAAUGCUUUGACAAAUGGAGAUAUUUAGUGGUUUGGGGCUCAUGCUUUCAGAAGUACUAAUGCUUAGUUUACAACAACCAAGAAAGCUGCCAAGGUCCAUGUGAUUCCUGCUCGGAAGUCUAGCUCUAGGCUAGAAAGUCUGACUGGCCUUGACUCCCUGGCCUCAUGGGUCGGCAGCAAAUUAUGGGUUUGAGCAACAAGGUCAAUGCCAUCUGAUGUUCAUGCUUAUGAGCAGUUUGCCUCCCAUUUGGGGGAAAGGACUGUUGAAAUGAUUUUUUUUUUAAGUAUUAGUAAUUACCUGAUUUUUGUUGUUGUUUAAAAACUCAGAUUCCUCUAUCUAAUUAUCUUAGAGCCAAAGUAUCUUUUGAACACAAAGCUUUAUAAAAGUAUGCUUUUGCAAAAUUUUCUAAUCAGUGUUUUGAAGGGGGAGAGUGUGGAUAAGGGGUGGACAGAAAGGGAAGAAAAGGACUUGGAUUCUAAUUUAUGACCAUCUUGAAAUGCACUGUGGUCAAUAUCAUUUUCUUACAUAGUGUUUAAUCCUAAAUUCUUUCUUAAGCCUUAAAUUAUAAAAGAAGUAGUGGAUAGCCUGGCCUGGCAGAGAGUUUUAAUGUCUUGUGGAUGGUUUAAUCUGAGCAUCAAUAGAGAAGUUGGAGCAAAAAUCCCUCUCAGUAGGGUGGUGAGUAUCUGAAGGUCUCGGUUCCACGGAUCGGGGACAGGGCCACCACUCACACCAAAACAGUGUUUUCUGUUGUAGCAAAGCUUUCACCAGUGCUCAAAACACAUGCAGCAGAUUGCAGCCUUUUAAAAUAUGUAUAAAUGAGUGUAUAUAGAACAUGCUCUAGACUAUGAGGGGAUCUUAUUAGUACACCUGGCUGUGGAUAGCAUGGCAAGGUGCUCUCUGAGCGUUUAUUUAGUCAUUCAGAUUCAGUGUGUAUAGAGAGGUUUUCUCACCACUUACCGCUGAAGGAUGUUGACGUGAGGCAUCAAGAAGACUCAAAGGUAUGCGGCUUACAUAGGUGUUUUCCCUGAGAGGCUGAGGUAGAAAGGCUUUGAAGGCAUCAAACACCAAAGCCCCUUUGUCAAGGGGAGUGUUUUCUCAGAGGGCUAGAGUUGUGGGAGCAGAUCUGGAACUAUAGGUUAAGGCAUUGGUGACCUGCUCUCUGGAAAUGUCCAUAUCUUAUUGAGAAAAAAGCAUAUCUUUCUGAUGUUUAAGCCAAAUUUUGGAUGUUUAGGUCAUGUUACUGUUUCUUUAACCGCAAAUCUGUUCUCCCAGUUGAGAGAGACAGCAGUACAUUUCUGUACCAAAAGACAUGGUGUUAGGAUCCAUCUGUUCAAGUGUGUCUGUAAGAAUGCUUUUGUUCCACCGUGAAGCCUGAGGAAAUUUUUCACCAUCAACCAGAUGCUGUGCACUUGAGUCCCGUGCCAUCUUUCCUGUAAAGAGAGAUUUAGGAAGUAGAGGCCAUGGGUAUUCUUUUCAAUCUUUGAAAACAUGUCAGAUGAGAGAAAAGACAAAGCUGUCUAAACUUAGGUUUUUCCCAUGUGCAAAAAUCUGUUCAUUCAGCAAACCACUGAACCACUUGCCUUAGCCUCUUUGACAGUGUCCAUGGCUUGAUCUGUGGGCAGGAGAGUUCUGCCUGAGAAGUGGCGGGCCUCCAAAGCAACUGGGCCUGGCUUCAGGGAGCGGUGGGCUUUUACGAAAGCAGUGUUCAUCUUGGCUGCCUGCAUUUCUAUACCACCUGCCAAGGGCUCUUGUGCUUCUCUCCACAUGUAAUGUUGCAGCAUCGCCUUCUCUCCUCUUGGUGCUCCUGAGUAAAACUGGAAUUUGAAAUCCAGAACUGGCAUUAUCUUCUUAAAGAGUACAGUUCCUGCCUCAGUUGACGCCUGGUGUGGUUCUUCAUAUGUCCUGAAAGUUGUCAUGUAGAAAUGUUAAUAUCCUGCCAUUCGUGCUGCUUCAUUUUAAGGUUUUUAAAAAACACAAACGCACAAAUUUCUUACUUCAAUGAACAGACCCUUAGGUUGGCAACAGCAUGUGAAAAAGAUCAUAGUGAAUGCUGUGAAAGAGUAAGACCAAAGGAUUCAAGACUGGUGUUGUAAAACGAAGAGGAAUUUCACUUAUGUAUUACAGCUGCCAAGUUGUUACAUGUUAUUUUCAUAGUUGAAUAUUCACUGCUAGCCUUCCAGAGAACAGAUAUUAAUAAUUGUUUGCAGCUGGAAUGUUGCAUCCAACCUUGGCAUUUCAGCUGUUUAUUUUGUGGGAACUUUUUGUUAAUAUGCUCCAGGACAACUGCCUGGUAGAAGGGAGAAAGUAGGAAAAGGAACUUACUGUGGGGACCUUGCCUGUUGAAAUAGGUUGUUCCAACCAUGGAUCCCAGAGUAGUUGCUUCAUGGAAAUCAUCUGAAGGCUCCCAGUCAUUACAAGGACAAGGCCCAAAAGUUGGGAAAGGGCUUUAAGUUGUCCAGUCCAAUCUCCCCAUAGGUGCUGACAUUCUGCCUGCAACUGUCCCACCAGGGUUUGAGCAGUGGGCUUAAACAACUCUGAGGUCAGGGAAUUCACUACCUCCUAGGGAAGCCUGUUCUAUCUUUGUAAACCUCUGGCUUUUCUAUGUUCUCUGUACUUUCCUUCUUAGUCUCUGCCCAGUGGGAGCCACAGAACAAAUGGUUCAUCUUGGCCAGGGACCUAGUUGCUUGCACUGUCCCAGGGCAUAGCAUUUGUCUUGUACAAAGGAGCAGCUAGCAGACACUUUGGUGUCCUAAUUGCCAUUUCCUCUGAGGAUUGGUCCAUUUAGUUCCUUGUUGGAGAAUGUGGGGAAACCCCAUCAGCCUAGUUAUACUCUCUUGUUCUUGCUGACGGGAUGGAGGGGUCAGGGGAGGAAGGGAUGCUAUCAACCUGCUAAAAAAAAUACCUUAAGACAGAUGAGACCUUAGUGCUGUACUCGCCCCUCAAACACUGAUGCUCAUAUCACUUAGAAACAAUUAUAGCUAGAAGAUGUUAAAAUAUUAUUAUUGCCCUGUGUGGAAUUUAGAGGUUCCAUGGCUGCCAAAGGCUUGUACCUUAAGAUUCCUGCAGGUACUUCACAUGUUGUUUCACUGAAAAAAACAAGGAACUUGCAGGGGGAGGGACCACAUGUCUCAGUGUCAGAGCGGUGCCAUAUUUUCAAGCUGGAAAGCCCUUUAGGGUUGCUGUUGCGCUGUUACUCAUGUUUGGUGAUAGGGAAACUAACAUUCAAAGACUUGCCUGAGUCACGUGGCAUUGUGUGGCCUAACCCCUCUUCUCACUCUGACUUGCAGCGGAACUCUAAUCCAGCCUAAAGGAAGCUGCUGUCGGAUUCUUGAGGUUCCCAAGGCCAUCCUGGCUCUCACGAACUAUGAACCAACUUGCAGAACUCAAGGUUCAGUGACAUGGUUAGGAAAGCAGUCAGUUGAGUUUUCCAAAAUAAAUAAAUAGGAGGGGAGAAGAGAACUUGCCCAUAAUUUAAGACCAGUGUUCAACAGUCUGGUGAAAGAUGUGGUGGUAUCCUAGAAUCUAGUUACACAGAAUAGGCUUGCUCUGUAAUCUGUUGGUCAGACUUCUGCCUUUCAGGUGGUCCUUUGAGUUUGUGUGACAGUUGGCCCUGACUUGAGCAGACACACACAGCUCUGUGGCCCUGAUUCACAGCCUCCCCAUCCCUGUUCCCAAGCUAGGCAGGUGAACUGAAGGACAGGCGAGCUCAGAACAUUUCCUGGGAAGCAUAGUGCUUUAGGGGUGCCUUUUUAUUAUUUUCCUUUUAUUACAGUUUUAUUACAAGCUUAUGGUUGGAAGGGUUAAGUUGAUCUCAUGUUUUGAGAGUUGGAAUCCAGCCUGUGGUAAGGUGGGACCUUUUUUUAAGGUAGAAAUGUCUAAAUUCAGUUACUUCAUCUGGCUUACAUCUUAAAAACACAAACCCUAAAGUUGAUUUCACUUGGUGAACACAUCUCUGCAAUGACAGAGGGCUUUCCAGGAUCCCUGUUUUACAUGUCUGUUAUAUGUUAUGCCCAUCAGAGUGUUUGGGGGUGUGGCUUUGUUUUGUUCCCAUCUGUAACUGCCUUAUCAAAAAGCAAGUGCCCUUCCAUUCCAGCCUCCUCAUAUUGUACUUGUUUCCUGCCAAAUAGGGGGGAUCAUUUGUAUUUCAAUUCUGUGAUCUAUGGCUCUGUACUGUUGAAAGGCUCUCGAUUCUGUGGGGUCUCCUUAGUAUGUAUGUGACUUUUCAUAUUGCAAUAUCACACAGAUGGGAUGGCCUAACUUUCACUCUGAAUAAAUGAUCUGAAUGAAUAACGAGA